AUGUUCGAGGCCACUGUGAAGAGCAAUCCAAAGUCAGACUAUCUGGGCCGCCGACCCUACGACCUCGUUCAGCAAUAUCAUCUUCCUUGGGAGUGGCUGAGUUUCAAAACUGUCCAGCAACGCAGGAACAAUAUCGGAAAGGGUCUGGUAGAAAUUCACGAGCGCGUCGGUAAGGUCGGAACACAAUUUGGCAUUGGACUAUGGUGCGAAAACCGACCUGAAUGGCCAAUUGUCGACCUCGCAUGCAUGUCGCAAUCACUCUUCAGUGUCUCAUUAUACGACACGCUGGGUCCAGACGCAUCAGAGUACAUUAUUCGUCACGCCGAGUUGACAUGCGUUGUUACUUCUGUCACUCAUGUUCCAGCACUGAUCGCUCUAAAGCCGAACUUGCCUGGGCUCAAGUGUCUGGUGAUACUGGACGAUGUUCAGCAUCGCUCAGACAACCAAGACUCUCUGUCGCGAAACCGGCUGUUGGUAUCCAUCACAGAAGCACUCAAGCUGGACCUUCAGAUCUACUCGCUGAAAGAAAUUGAGCAAUUGGGCGCAGCCUCUUCCAGGUCAUUGCGGCCCCCACAGCCGGAUGAUAUAGCCACCAUCAACUACACCUCGGGAACUACCGGGGCGCCCAAAGGCGUCGUCUUGACACACAAGGGCUCGGUCGCAGCGACAGUUGGCUCUCUCCUUGAUGCGGGACUGCCGGGCAACGAUGUCAUGAUCUCCUAUUUACCACUAGCACACGUCUAUGGCCGACUUUUGGAACACCUCGGCGCUUUCAGUGGGGCCAAGAUGGGAUAUUUCAGCGGCGACAUUUCGAAUCUUGUAGAGGGUCUGCAGUCCCUCCGGCCGACUAUAUUCCCAUCAGUCCCAAGAAUCUACAACCGAUUCGGCGGUAUCCUCAAGUCGGCUACACUCGAAGCUUCCGGGAUCCGAGGGGCUGUGAGCAGGUACAUUGUGGCAACCAAACUGGCGAACCUCGAAGACGCAGAAGCUCCUACUAACAAGCACCCGCUUCACGAUAGGAUCUGGGGCCGGCAAAUCAUGGCCACCUUGGGCCUCGACCGCGCACAUAUAAUAAUUACCGGUUCUGCGCCACUCGACCCAGCAUUGUACAAGUUCUUAAGUGUGCUUAAGCUAAAUUAA